AUAUGGAAUAGUUAAUAAUAUAAAUAGACAGUCUAAAGAGCUUCAUUUCCACUGCAACACAAACCUUCACCUUGAAAGAACACACACUUAGCCGGUUUUCUACCCUUCCAAACAAGCCAACAAUGGCAGAAUCAAUCCUCUUUGGAAUCGCAAACAGAAUUGUUGAAAGCUUAACAUCUGCUACAGUGCAAGAGCUCGCCUUGAUCUGGGGUGCCAAGGAUGAACUUUCAGGUCUUGAAGAAACCAUUUCAACAAUCAAAGAUGUACUUCUUGAUGCUGAGGAGCAGCAGGUCCAUAACCAUCAAGUCAGAAGCUGGCUCAAUAAGCUUGAAGAUGCAGUUUACGAGGCUGAUGACUUGUCUGACGAUAUCUCCACUGAAGUUUUGCGGCGCCAACUAAUGUCUGGAUGUAAUAUAGGCAAGAAGGUACGCACUUUCUUCUCAUCCUCCAACCAACUUGUGUUUCGUCACAACAUGGCUCACAAAAUAAAAGACAUUAAAGAGAUACUAGCUGCCAUUAGUAAAAACCGUGGAGACUUCCAAUUAGAGGUGCGUCGUGAGGAGACUAGACUUGUGGCAAGAGCUAGGGAGCAUACUCACUCUUACAUACCUCAAGAAAAUGUCAUUGGGAGGGAGAGUGACAAAAUUUCCAUCCUACAACUUUUGUUAGAUCCCAAACACGAAGAGAAUGUGUUUGUUGUGCCGAUAGUGGGAUGUGGAGGUUUAGGAAAAACCACACUUGCUCAACCAGUGUUUAAUGAUAAGGAGGUUCAAACAAAAUUUGAUUUGAGGAUAUGGGUAUGUGUCUCUAAUGAUUUUAAUGUGCGAUCACUUGUCGAGAGAAUUAUAAAAUCUGUAACUGACCAGAGUUUGGGAAACCUUGAGAUGGAUCAAUUACAAAAGGAACUUCAAAAACAAAUAAAUGGUAAGCGAUAUUUUCUUGUCCUUGAUGAUGUAUGGAACGAGAAUAGAGAAUUAUGGAUAAGCUUGCAAAAUUUAUUGUCAAAUGGUGCUAAAGGAAGUAGAAUAUUGAUAACCACUCGUAGUAAAGUAGUUGGAGAGAUUACAAGCACAAUGGAACCAUAUAUGUUGGGGCUUUUAGAUAAAGAUAAUUCAUGGUCUUUAUUUAAAAAAGUGGCUUUUAAGUCUGGACAAGAACCAAACAACUCUAACACUGUAAAAACUGCAAUGGAAAUUGUGGAAAAGUGUGGAGGAAUUCCUCUUGCCAUAAGAACAAUUGGAAGCAUGUUGUACUCCAAAAAUCCAGAAACAGAGUGGUCCAAUUUCCUUGAAAUUGAAUUUUCAAGGAUUCCUCAAAAUGAAAAUGAUAUUUUACCCACUCUUAAGCUUAGUUACGAUAGCCUCCCAUCACAUUUGAAAAACUGUUUUGCCUAUUGUAGAUUAUUUCCAAAAGAUCAUGCAAUUGAAGUUGACAUGUUAAUAAAACUUUGGAUGGCACAAGGAUUUAUUACAUCGUCAAGUUCAAUUCAAUCUUUGGAGGAUGUGGGCAAUGAGUAUUUCAAGGAUUUAUAUUGGAGAUCAUUCUUUCAAGAAGUAGAAGAAAAUAGUUCCACUAAAAUGUUAGAAUGCAAAAUGCACGACCUCAUGCAUGAUCUCGCAAUACAAGUGGCAGGAACAGAGUGUGCUACAUUACAUUCUACUGAAGAAAAUAUCAAUGAAAGAACUCGGCAUGUGUCUUUUGAUUUUCAUUUAGAAACACCAGGAAAAAUUCCGACUUCUUUGUCUCAAAAAAGUAAGAUUCGUACAACUCUUUUUCCACAGAAAUCAUGGGAAUCAAACAAAUUAAGUUGGGAUGACAUUGGAAAAAUUCCGACUUCUUUGUCUCAAAAAAGUAAGAUUCGUACAACUCUUUUUCCACAGAAAUCAUGGGAAUCAAACAAAUUAAGUUGGGAUGACAUUCUUUUAAAUUUUAAGCUUUUGCGUACCUUAGAUCUUCAUGAUUCUGGGCUUAAGAUGGUGCCAAAAUCUAUUGGUAAACUGAAGCAUUUAAGGUAUCUUAAUCUUUCUGAAAAUGGGGAUAUCAAGAGACUACCAAAUUCUAUUACCAAGCUGCAAAAUUUGCAAACAUUGAAACUGUCAUAUUGUGAAGAUUUAGUAGAAUUGCCAAGAGACUUGAAGAAGCUAGUCAAUCUCAGGCAUCUUGAGAAUUAUGGAUGUGACAGUUUGACACAUAUGCCGAGUGGGCUCGGACAAUUGACUUACCUUCACACUUUGAAUGAGUUUGUGGUGAAAAAGGGCAUUGAUUCUACCGGUAAGCAGCAUAAUCGUCACGUAGGUGGGCUUAAUGAAUUAAUGGAACUGAACAACUUGAGAGGAGAGUUGUCUAUAAGAAACUUGGGAUACGGAGAAGAUGCAAGCCUAGAAUAUAAGGACGCAAAAUUGAAGGAAAAACAACAUCUUCAUCACUUAAAGUUACUUUGGCCAGAAAGAAGUGGUGAUCAUGUUGAUGCAAGGGAGGCUGCGGAUUAUGAAAUUACAUUGGAAAGCUUGCAACCACACCCAAAUCUUAAAGAACUGUCUUUAAUUGAUUACAAGGGUGCUAGACUUGCAAGUUGGCUUCCCUCGCUUACAACACUUGACACAUUGCUCUUAGCACAAUGUGAGAAAAUAGAGAAUGUGUUGCCACUGAGACAACUCCCCUGUUUGAAAUCAUUGCAGUUGGGUGGGUUGUCUUCCCUGGAGUAUAUUUCUGACAAUAAUAAUGUUAGCAGUGACUUAUUGGCUUCACAAGAACCACUACUGUCUAACUUACAAAGCCUUGAGCUUCAAGCCUUGCCCAAUCUAAAAGGAUGGUGGAAGGAUCAUCAUGUUGAAGAAGAAGAUGAUAGUUGCUGUUCCUUACCUUUGUUCGCUUGUCUCUCUAGAUUAGUUAUUGAGGAUUGCCCUAAAUUAACAUCCAUGCCACUUUACCCGUAUCUGAAAGAAGAGCUUGUGUUGGUAAAAGCUAGCUUGAAAAGUUUCCAACAAACAUUGAUGAUGAGCACCGCAGAUUCAUCUUUCUCUCCUCUCUCAAAUUUGACUUCCAUCAUUUUAUCUGGGAUUCAGCAUCUACAAUCUCUUCCAGAAGAGCUAACAAGACUCACUUCUCUCGAGGCUCUAUACAUCAUUGAUUGUCCAAAAUUGAAGACCUUGUGUCCUGCUAUUCUACAUCUCACCUUCCUUCAGAAACUAAUGAUUAGCCGUUGCCAAGAGGUUGACAUAUGCGAUAAUGGUGAUGGGAAUAUGUGGCAAGCUCUUCAAAGCCUCGAUUCUCUUCAGUUGUAUUAUCUUCCGCAGCUGGAAACUCUCCCUGACGGCCUGCAGCAACUUACCUCCCUCAGACUACUUUCAUUGGAUGAGUGUAAGAGUUUGGUGAGUAUUCCAGAAUGGAUUGGCAACCUCAAAUCACUUCAAAUGCUGGACAUUUCCGCGUGCAACAAUUUGAAAUCACUACCUCAAGGAAUACAACAGCUCACCUCUUUGCAAGCACUAUCUAUUAUGGAUUGUCCUGUCUUAAAGCAAAGGUGUGAAAGGGGUGGCGAGGACUGGCAUAAGGUUGCACACAUCCGAUACUUGUCUCUGGCAUGAUUGAUGAUUCACGGCCAUCCUCUUGAUCAGUUCUCCCAAUGAUCAUUGUCCUCUUUCGGAGAUUACUCUUUGAAGAACAUUACUAUAUGUUGAAGAUCCCAAACAAAUGAACAAACUUGAGUUAGUUAAAGGAUAAUCAAGAGAUGGAUCUUAUUCAAAGCUAUGGCUUGUGUGAUUUCAGUACAAAUUCAAGCAUUAUAAGGGUAAUUCAUUGCCCCCAUUUCCUGCUUUACCUUUGUAGAUUUGUUUCUGUUAUUUAUCUGUGUUCUUCAGUAUGAUAAUCUUACAUUUUUAUAUUUUUUAACUAAAACCAGGUUGCUGUGGUUUUUCACUCCGUUACUACAUUAAAAGUUGCAUAAAAAGAGUGAAAUUCUAUGUCAAUGAUACCAAACUAGUGGCAUGCAAAUGGUAAAGAGAUGGUGAUUCGCUUAAGAUUGCUUGUAGCUUUUGGGAUGGUUUCCCCAAAGAAUGUUCACAUUCCUCUCGUUUGCAUAGAAGUUGAGCACAGAACAAUCCCAAGGCUUUAAAGUUAGAAAGUGCUCCAGGACAUUUCCAUACCAAAAAUUGUGAAAACAAAAUCAACAAUAUCACAAUGGUAAUGCUCAUGCCUCCUGUUAUAAUUUGAUAAUAUAUCAAGCUUCUCAAAACAUUAUUGUUAAUCCACUGUAGUAACAACAGCUGUCUGCCGUACAAUUCACUGCUGAAUGAGAGAUGAGGAUCAUCAAGGCCUUGUGUCUGGUUUCUGCCUAUAUCAGGUGCAAGUAGAGUGUGAUAUCCACAAAGAAAUGUACAAGUUUUUAUUGUAAAGUUUGUAAAUUAAGCAAGCAAAAACACCCCAUGUUCAUUAAACUGGUGGUUUUAUUAUUGCGAAAUAUGUCACUUCCUGGUUUCGUAUACCAAAGGAAUCAUCAGUACCGCUGCAUGCUUAUCACAAAGUUGUGUAUUGACAGGAUCAUAGUUUUGGUACAUUUUAUAUAUUUAUAUUAAUUGCUUAGUUUUCUGUAUAUAUACAGUACUCGAUGGAUAUAAAAAUUGAAAUGCCACCUACUGAUUUUGUGCAGACUUAAAAAAUAAAAGAACU